AUGAGCGAGUUUUUUGAGUGCAUAGAGAAAGCAAAGAACCUGAGAAGCGAGCUGGAAGAGAUGGCAGCACUGAACAAGCGGAUAGCCGAGGUGCAGGAGGAGAUAGCGGCCCUGCAGGCGCAGAAGGCAGAGGUAGAAAGCAGGCCGGAUCGCGUGAACUCGUACAGGCUGCGGCUCUCGAAGGUCCAGAACGAAAUAGAGAGACGGGAUGCGAUCGAUGCGAAGAUUGAGUCGCCUGAGGACAUAUCGCAGCAGGCGCAGUUUCUCACGAGGAACCAGCUCUCUGCGAAGGUCCUGGAGUAUUUCAAGACGCUUUUCAGCGAGAACAGCAGCGUAAUAACGGUAAAAUCCGUUAAAAUCAAGAUAAACUGCCUGAAAAUAUCGCUGAAAGUGAACCAGGUCCUCCCUGUGAUCCGGGAGAAGCUUCCAGACCAGGUUUCUGUCUACAACAAGUUCAUAGUCGCCCCAAUUUGCGACUACAUCCUGAUGUACAACCCCGUUCUAACGACAGUCUCUGAAGGAGUCCUAUACGUAGCCGCGUACAUGGCAAAUAAAAGGGCAGAAACCCCAGAGGGCGAGCUGCAGCAGGAGAUAAUGAAGGCCCUGGGCGUGGGGGAGGAGUAUCUCGUCACAAGCAAGAACGUGUACGAAAACAUAUCGAAGCUCUCCCUCCAUAACGAGAUCCUGGCCGAGAUGAAGGCGCACAUAGUCAGAAACCUGCACAAGAUCUCCCUAAAGCAGCUGGAAAGGUACAAUAACGAAGUUUUCUACGGGACAGUCUACCACAUCGAAGACACCGACCGGUGGAUGUGCGACAACCUCGUGGGGAAGCUCGAGGAAAUUUUCAGGGCCGAAAAAUACGAGGAAAUUUCAGGCAUCGAGAAGAAAGGCCUGGAAAACAAGCCCCGAGAGAGCCCUCCCGACGCAGUCGAUGCUUUGGCUGAGGCCAUGCAUGCGCAGAGUGUCGAGAAAGUCUCCCACGGCCUCUAUAAAGCCGCAAAAGUCCUCCAGAGAAUAGAAGCCACAAAAAGAUCAAAAGAUCAGAUGGUGAAAAAAACCGUUAUUAACCACCUGAGAGCGUACUUUGCGCAUAUAAGGACGCGGGUCGUAGGCCAAAACCCCAGAGAGAGAAUACGGGCUUUGCUCCUGUGGCUGGCAGACGCCCAGACAGCGCAGAGCAUCGGGUACCUCGAGGAAACCUCCAGAAAGUCGAAAAUUCAGGUUUUCUCCCAUCUCGAGGAAGAUCUUUCCUCCGCCCCAGGAGAGGCAGUGGAGAAGUUGCACGCAUCCGUCUACGAAGCCGCCCUCGCAGAAUUCCACAGGAAAGGCGCAUCAGGAGCAGUCGAAGAAACGAGCACCUUCUUUCUCAGCACCUGCGAGAGCCUUUUUGCAGGCGCUUUCAGGCAGCACAUACAAACAACCGUGUACAAUAGGCUGCUGAAGAGUGCAUACGAACUUCUCGAUGUAGGCCUGCACAAACACGCCCCAGAGAACUGGGCUCGCCUUCUGGAGGAGCUUCUCUCCGUGACAGACCCUUUCAGGCAGAUGCUCGAGGAGUACCCGAAAAUUCAGGUGCUGCACAGACUUUUCGCAGCUGGAAACUCUGCAACUGCCUUCAUAGAGGCGUACAACGGGGAAAGCUCGCACUUUGAGGACGAAACCCUCGUCCAAGACAUUGCAGCCUUCCUCUUUGGGGACCACCCAGCAUUCCACAGCAUCCUGAGACACCUCCAGAAGACCCAGAAGAAGGCGUGA